GUAGCCAAGAUAAACAUUUCUUCGUCAGCCUGUACGAGUAUAGAAUUGGGCACCGACUACGCCCAAAAGGUAGCGCCUCGUAUAAGGAAACGACGACGUCUGAUUGGACAGUACAAAAAUUCGAUUAGUCGUCCCUGCAAAACAAAAAGUCAUACGAAGCGGAAGAUCGAAAUCUCCCCCAAAGUUGAUUCUGAUUCGAACAAGAGAAAUUGAAAAUGUCUUCAUUAGCAGCAGCAAGAGCAGAUAAUUUUUACUAUCCACCAGAAUGGACUCCGAAACAGGGUUCCUUGAACAAGUUUCACGGUCAGCAUGCCCUAAGAGAGAGAGCAAGAAAGAUAGACCAGGGCAUUUUGAUAAUAAGGUUCGAGAUGCCAUUCAAUGUUUGGUGUGGUGGUUGCAAUUCUAUGAUUGCAAAGGGUGUUCGUUUCAAUGCAGAGAAAAAGCAAGUGGGAAACUAUUAUUCUACAAAGAUAUGGAGCUUCACCAUGAAAUCUGCAUGUUGCAAGCAUGAAAUUGUUAUUCAGACAGAUCCAAAAAAUUGUGAGUACGUAAUUAUUAGUGGGGCUCAACGGAAGACUGAGGACUUCGAUGUUGAGGAUGCAGAAACGUUUGAACUUCCUGCAGAUGAAGAGAGAGGUAAGCUUGCAGAUCCAUUUUAUCGUCUUGAACAUCAAGGGGAAGACCUGCAGAAGAAAAAAGAAGCUGAGCCAGUAUUAGUACGACUUCAGCGGGUAUCUGAUGCCAGGCACUCAGAUGACUAUGCCCUCAACAAAGCUCUUCGAGCCAGACUUAGAAGUCAAAAGAAAAGAGUUGCUGAAGAAGAAGCUGCUUCAAGGAAACUGGGACUUGGCAUAAGGCUGCUUCCAGCUGCUAAAGAGGAUGCUGCUACUGCAGCACAAGUGAAGUUUUCUUCCAAGUUUGACAAAAAUAGGAGGGAUAAGCGAGCAUUAGUCAAUGCUGCUUCAAUCUUUUCUGAGUCUCCUCAGGGUUCCUCAUCCAACAAGAGGCGUCUGGAGCUAGAAGCCAAGAGAAGGAAAAUCAGCGCAGCUGCUGCCUCUAACUUGUUGAGGGGGGGAUUUAAGCCAUCUUCAUUGUCGCGGGGUGCUGUUUCUUCAAUCAGGCAUAACCAAAAUUCAAUGAUGUCAAGACAUUUUUAGCUAAGGAUGUUUUGAUACAACAAGACUGGUGUUUUCCUUCAUUUGGAUUGAACAUUUUGUGUGAUUUUCUUUUUCCUUGUGCGAAAUGGCAUUAUGUCCUGUACAUAUAUACGAGUGUCUACUGCCUUGUUUUUGCAUUUUCUAGCUGGCUCCUGGUGCAUAGGGGGUCCAAAGGAGGUUGUAUACAGUGUUGUAUGCAGUGUCACCUGCAUGCAUGAUGAAUUAUAAUAUAAUGUCUAAUUAAUUAUGCUAAUGAUACUCACAGGCGCUUGUUUUACUA